AUGAGCUUGGGGAGCUGCCCGGCUGCGGCCGGGGACGCGACGGCAGAGGAGCUGCUUGAACGGGCGCGGGGGCUGGUGCCACCCGCCCUGGCCGCUGCGCGCGCGGCGACUGGCUUCGGUGGGCGGUGGAAGGCUAUCGCAGCUAGGCUGGAGAGGGUGCCACCGUGCCUGUCGGACCUGUCCAGCCACCCCUGCUUCUCCAAGAACUCGCUCUGUCGGGAGCUGCUGCAGUCGGUGGCUGCAACGCUAGCGGAGGCCGCCGAGCUCGGUGCGCGCUGCCACGAGCCUCCGAAGGCAGGGAAGCUGCAGAUGCAGAGCGACCUCGACGCGCUGGCCGGGAAGCUGGACCUCAACCUCAGGGACUGCUCUCUUCUUGUCAAGACUGGUGUGCUGUCUGAUGCGACGGUUCCGGCGGCCCUAGCUGAGAUAGCGUCGGCUGCGGGCGCACAGACGGACGUGCGGGAGCUGCUUGCCAGGCUGCAGAUUGGGCACGCAGAGGCGAAGCACCGGGCCGUGGAUGGCCUGCUCGAUGCUCUGCGCGAGGACGAGAAGAGUGUGCUGUCGGCGCUCGGCCGUGGCAACGUGGCCGCGCUGGUGCAGCUGCUCACGGCGACAGCACCCAAGGUUAGGGAGAAGGCGGCCACUGUUUUGUGCCUCCUCGCCGAGUCUGGCAGCUGCGAGGGGUUACUCAUGUCAGAAGGCGCUCUGCCGCCGUUCAUCCGGCUGGCUGAGUCCGGCAGCCUUGUUGGGCGGGAGAAGGCUGUCAUCACGCUCCAGCGGCUCUCCAUGUCGGCCGACAUUGCACGUGCAAUCGUCGGCCACAGCGGCGUCCGCGCUCUCAUCGACAUGUGCCAGACCGGGGACUCAAUCACACAGUCCGCCGCGGCAGGAGCGCUCAAGAACAUCUCUGCAGUGCCGGAGGUCCGGCAAGCGCUGGCCGAGGAAGGCGUCGUGCGAGUCAUGAUCAACCUGCUCGACUCCGGCGUCGUUCUCGGCUCCAAGGAGUACGCCGCGGAGUGCCUGCAGAACCUUACGUCAAGCAACGACAGCCUGCGGCGUGCCGUCGUGUCCGAGGGCGGACUCCGGAGCCUGCUCGCCUACCUCGACGGUCCACUUCCUCAGGAGUCACCCGUGGCCGCGCUCCGGAACCUGGUCACCGCUGUCUCACCAGACAGCCUGGUGUCGCUUUGCGUGCUCCCGCGCCUCGUCCACGUGCUCCGUGACGGUUCCGUGGGUGCUCAGCAGGCUGCCGCGGCGACCAUCUGCAAGAUCUGCAGCAGCAUGGACAUGAAGCGGCUGGUGGGCGAGCACGGGUGCAUCCCGCUCCUGGUGCGCCUGCUGGAGGCCAAGUCGAACGGCGCGCGCGAGGCCGCGGCGCAGGCGGUGGCGAGCCUGAUGGGGUGCCCCGCGAACGCGAGGGACAUCAAGAAGGACGAGAAGAGCGUGCCCAACCUGGUGCAGCUGCUGGACCCGAGCCCCCAGAACACGGCCAAGAAGUACGCCAUCUCCUGCCUGCUGGCGCUGUCGGCGAGCAAGCGGUGCAAGAAGCUGAUGAUCUCCCACGGCGCCAUCGGGUACCUGAAGAAGCUCUCGGAGAAGGACGUGACCGGCGCGAAGAAGCUGCUCGAGAAGCUGGACCGCCGCAGGCUGCGCAGCCUGUUCAUCAGCAGGAAGUAG